AUGGGGCCGGGGUUCGUCGGCGGCAAGCUGCAGCAGGGCGGCCACGCGGUGAGCUUCCUCCUCGGCGCGGCGCUGCCCACCGCCCUCCUCUUCUUCCUCGCGUCCGACCGCCUCGGCGAGGGCUUGUCCACCAUCUCCACGAGCUGGCGGGGGAACGGGACGACGACGGCCUCGCUGCAGGCCGACGCGCCGCCGGCCGAUAUUCCCACAGCCGCCGAUGGCCGUGCCGCUCCUGCGCAAGAUCACGAGGUGGAGUUCGCGGGCCUCGCUGAGCUGCUCACGAAAGUGGCGACGGAGGACCGGACGGUGAUAAUGACGUCGGUGACCGAAGUCUGGACGCGCCCCAACUCCCUGCUGGACGUCUUCCUCGGCGGCUUCAGGGACGGCGAGGGCAUAGCGCACCUCGUCAGCCACGUCCUCAUCGUCACCGUCGACGCCGGCUCGUUCCGCGGCUGCAAGGCCGUGCACCCGCACUGCUACCUCCUCGAGGUGAAGUCCAUGGACAUGAACAUGGCCAAAACGUUCGGGACCAGGGAGUACGUCGAGAUGAUCUGGCUCAAACUCUCGAUCCAGCAGCGCGUCCUAGAGCUCGGCUACAACUUCCUCUUCACGGACGCCGAUAUCCUAUGGCUUCGCAACCCGUUCCAGCACAUCUCCGUCUACGCCGACAUGAGCUGCUCGCUGGACAACUCCAAGAUGGCGCCGGCUCUCCUGGACUGCGAGAACAACGUCGGGUUCUACUACAUGAAAUCGACGAACCGGAGCAUCGCGAUGAUCAAGUACUGGAGGGCGGCGAGGGCGAGGUUCGACGGCAACCCGAUCGAGCAGGUGGUGUUCAACACGAUCAAGCACGAGCUCAUCAGCGACCUCGGGGCCAGGAUCCAGCCGCUCCAGACGGAGUACAUCAGCGGCUUCUGCGACUUCCAGGAGCGGCUGGACAAGGUCUGCACCGUGCAUGCCAACUGCUGCAUGAGGCUGGACAACAAGGUGAAUGACCUCAGGAAUGUCGCCGCGGACUGGAAGAAUUACACCAGCCUGACGCCGGAGGUGAGGAAGAAGGCGGGUAUCAAGGUGACGCCGCCCAGCAAGUGCAGGAAGUCCAUGGGAUGGACGUAAACUCUGACGGAAACGCAUCGGAGAGUGUGAGUUUCAGGUCGGCAGUUCGAUGGA